AGAUAUUAAGUAAAAAUGGCAUCAGCGUUCAGAACUUUUGCAAGAAAACUAGGGAGUAAAGAGUUUUGGUGGGAUUAUAUAUGCAGCACGGUGAGUUGUCCAUUCCUGUAGUUUAUGUGCUGAAAAAGCAUUUCUGGGGGCCUGUUGCGAAUUGGGGUAUCCCAUUAGCUGCAAUUGCUGAUAUGAAAAAAGAUCCUGAGAUGAUUAGCCCUAGAAUGACAUCAGCACUAUGUGUAUAUUCUGCGUUAUUCAUGCGUUUUGCUUGGAUGGUGAGACCACGUAAUUUGCUACUGUUUGCUUGUCACGCCACAAAUGAAGGAGCUCAAUUGACGCAACUUGGACGCUACACAAAAUAUAGAAUGGAAGGAGGUGGAGAUCCAAAAGAGAUCCAGCUAUAGCAAAAUUAGUGAAAUAUUUCCUUUUUUAAUUUACGUGAAUUCGUAUUUUAAAGUAUAGAACAUAAAAAAAAGUUUUAAAACUUUUAACAAGAUGUUACUUUUUAUUGACUUUAUUUUUUUAUGGUGUAGCCAGAAAAGGUUGAAUCCCAAUAUCAAAAAUUGUACUUUGUAACUGUAUUCAGUGUUUGUAACCAUUUCUUUCAAUAUAUAAUACUGUAGAUGCAUAAACACAACACCAGAAACUCAUUUACAUCAAAAUACCGCUUAUUGUUAUUUACAAUCCCACUUGAAAUUUCUUACAUUCUUAUAGUUAAUCAUUCAUUUAUUUAUUAUUUAUUUUAUUCAUUCUGUUGGCUAUAUAUUCUUGAUCUUUAAAGAAUAGUUUUUACUCUUGAUAGCCUAAUUUUAGGGUGGGGCAACACUAAGUUUCAGGAAAUUUCCCUAACUGACAAUUUAGACUCCCUCCUCUCCUCACCGCUUAUAAUUAGGUUACCAAGAGUAGAAAAUUAGAUAUUCCAGGGAAAACGUUUUUCAGUCAAUCAUUUUUAUGCCUAAAAACCAUACUAAUUUCUUGUUUAGUUCCGCAUGAUGCUCUAUACCCUUCUAGUCACAUGUAACUUUUCCUUAAAAAAUCAAGCACAUUUUUAAAAAUCUUGUUAGCAAUCUUAAAAAUAAAGAAAAAUAAACUUUUUUUAUCUGUCGACCAAAGAAAAAUUUGCAUCAAUUUUGAUUUUGAUUUUUCCUUAAUAUGUUUAUGUUGUGUAUGUGUGACAUGAAUAACUUUAAAAAUUAAAGAGAAUAAAAAGGAGAUGUAACGAAACGACUUUUCCAUAUCAGUGUUUUGUUAAUUGGAAGCAGUCCCUUCUUUAGGUUGAACUUACUUAGCACAUUUAAUUCUUUUAUUUUGUACUAGCUAGUUCACAACGAUACAACGCCAUCACUUAUGUUAAGUUUGAUGCAUGACUUUUAGGUCAACGAAGAAGCUGAGAUACUACUAACAUUUUGUAAAAAAUAUGUUGUAAGUGAAAAGUAACUAGGAAGCUACCCAGAUUACUACAUUGCACUGAAGUAAUUUUAUUUUCAAAUAAAAAAUAUUUCUUUGUAUGUCAAUAGUCUUCCUACAUUAUGUUUUUAGCGAAAUUAAAACUCAAUUUUUUAUAUAUUUUCAAGAUAAACACUGUUAUAAGAGGUUAGGUCAGAUGAUUAGACUUUUUGAGUCUAUUGCUUCCUUAAGAAAGUAUGUUUUAAAAUUACUAUUUUCUUAUGAAAUUGAAGGAACCUAUAUGUAUAAAUAACUCACAAACUCACAUUUUAUUUAAUUUACUAGAUAUCAAACCUGGGCUUUAACACUUUUGUUUUGGUGGUUGUUCUCAAGCAAUUUUGUCUUCCAAGGCAACUAUUGAUUUACUUCAGCCAUUCAAAGUAACAGAUACUGAUGUGUUAAAAAUAUACUCAUCUAAAUAUGAAAAACAUUUCAUACACAUAAGAGAAGCAAAACAACAAUAAACUUUGCUGCAGUUGUCAAUGAAAAUGGUGAUGUUUCUUUGGUGAUACUGAAUUAUUUUAUUCAUUUCGAAACAAAAAACAUGGUACUUUACAUUUGACAUCCACUAAAAAGAACCAAUUACUGGGCUGUUUUUCCAAUGUAUAUAAGUGUAGUCAGUUAAUAAGAGUGCAAGAGGAAAGUCAUAGUGUAGUUGUUGGGAAUGCGAAAAAUAUCAAAGAAAAAUUAUUCCUAAUUAGUAGCAAUGAAGAGUUUCUACGUCUGGCACAAAUACCAAACACUGUUGAAGGAGAUUGAAAAUACAAAUAAAAGUUCUGGCUUUUAUUUUUUAUUUUAUUUACCUUUAUUUGAAUAUUGAAUUUGUGAGGAUAAAAGAAAAGGAUCUAGUAGGA